ACACGUCGUUUGUUGUGGCUUCUUGUAAGAAACACAGCUGAGACACCACUGGAUAAUAUCCCCAUCGGAGUUGAACAGAGAGAUGGUGUCUUUGGUCGGAAUCUGCUGCUUCACUCCCCCUACAGAUAAAUGGGGUAACUUUUGCAGAUUGGUUGCUUCACAAAAUAAACACUCAAUGGCAACUAAGGUUUUAUCAGUCGCUGCUUCUUCUACGACGUCGUUUGGGAGCUCGAAGAAGACUGUGUGGGUUUGGACGGAGAACAGGCAAGUUAUGACGGCCGCCGUGGAAAGAGGCUGGAACACCUUCGUGUUUCAGAGUCAGAAACUCGCCGAUGACUGGUCUUCUAUUGCGUUGAUAGAUCCUCUUUUGAUCAAGGAGGGAGGGAUUUUCGAUAGUGAGAACACAAGAGUUGCCACAGUUGUUGAAGUUACUAGUCCUAAUGAGUUGGAACAGCUUCAACCCGAAAUUGGGGCAGUUGAGAAUGUUGUUGUUGAUUUGCUUGAUUGGCAGGUGAUACCUGCGGAGAAUAUAGUUGCAGCAUUUCAAGGGAGUCAGAAGACAGUGUUUGCUGUAUCAAAAACCCCAGUGGAAGCACAAGUCUUCUUUGAGGCGCUCGAGCAUGGUCUUGGUGGAGUUGUUUUGAAAGUUGAGGAUGUUCAAGCAGUUCUUGACUUAAAGGACUAUUUUGACAGAAGAGAUGAAGUGGGCAACAUAUUGAGUUUAACCAAAGCCAUUGUAACUGGAGUCCAAGUAGCUGGAAUGGGGGAUCGGGUUUGUGUUGAUCUCUGUAGUCUCAUGAGACCUGGUGAAGGAUUGCUUGUCGGAUCAUUUGCCAGAGGACUAUUCCUGGUUCAUUCAGAAUGCUUGGAAUCAAAUUACAUUGCCAGCAGACCUUUCAGAGUCAAUGCGGGACCUGUACAUGCCUAUGUUGCUGUUCCAGGAGGGAAAACAAGCUACCUUUCAGAGUUGAAAGCAGGAAAAGAGGUGAUUCUGGUUGAUCAGAAAGGUCAUCAACGAACAGCAAUUGUCGGACGUGUAAAGAUAGAGACGAGACCACUAAUCAUUGUUGAGGCAAAGAUAGGUUCGGAUGAUCAAACAAUCUACAGUAUACUUGUACAAAAUGCAGAAACAGUUGCCUUAGUUUGUCCCCAGAAAGAAAGUGGAGGGCAAAAAACUGCAAUACCAGUGACUUCACUUAAAAUUGGAGAUGAAAUUAUGCUCAGAUUACAGGGAGGAGCCCGACAUACGGGAAUUGAAAUUCAAGAAUUCAUUGUGGAGAAAUAAGAAAGGAAGACCGUACAAUCGAGUGGAGAAUUGGUAAGAGGUGACAUGCAGAUGUUUGUGGCCAUAUCAAACCAUUAAACAUCUUGAACUUGUAAAACUACUCCAUUCCGAACCUUGUUGGCUGUCUCGUUUUUUGUUAGAUAAAUCUGUAAGAGGUAGCUCAAGAGGAAAGUGUAUAAUUUGUACCAAAAAAUAAGAGGGAAGUGUAUAAAUUUCUCUCUCGAUUGUCUGAUGUAUGAAUCUUUGAGUAGGAACCUUAUUAUAACUAUUUUGAUCAAUGAAAGACAGCAGCUACCC